AUGUUGCACCUCGCCUCUCCGACUCGACCAACACUCACCUCCCCCCUCCUCGGACCACUCUCGCCGUCUCCACACCAUUCCGAUCAUAUCGUAGACGGCUCUGUCAACCUCCACUCGCUCGCCACCUUCGCACCCUCACCUUCCUCAGUCUACUUAGCUCCACCUUCCUCGAAGUACCUUCGCUCUCUCCCAGCACUACACACCCGUCCGCCCCUGCCCUCACUCUUCGGGCUCUCCAGCUCGCGCUCGCCGUCUCCUACCGUUUCCGAGCACUACGAUUUCUCGACCGACGACGACAGCCCUCUCCCCUCCCCGCUUCCGCCGUACAAUCCUCGCACCUAUUACCCAACCACCUCCGAACUGACGACCCCAGUGCUAAAACCUUCGCCGUCACUCUCGUCGGAGUGCAGCUCGCCGCAGUCCAUUUCGCCCUUCUACCUAACACGUAGCCAAGCACCUAGCCCCACUUCCGCGUCCGAUCGCAGCGCACCCUUUGUCUACCAAGAGACAUCUCGAGAGGGGACCCCAACGCCAUACCUAGAGUACGAGACCUAUCUCCCAGCCACCGUGUCCCCGUCACCCUCGCCCACUGUCACCUGUAAGAGUACUCCAGCCCUUGUCAAGCUCGUCGACACUCCCAUGAGCCACGCCGACGGCAUGUCUCUCAGUGAAUCAACUCACCUGAUGAACCCCAACGCGAUGGAGCGCUACGAGAUCCAGUACACUCCAGAGCGUGCCGCUCGCCCUCGGUCGCGCGCGGGCAACGUGUUCCUGUACAUUCUCGCCAUCUUCCUCCCGCCUGUUCCCGUGUUCCUCAAGGCUGGUUGCGGGAUGGACAUCCUUGUCAACCUUCUCCUUUGGGCACUCUGCUGGAUCCCUGGCGUGCUGCACUCAAUGUACAUCAUCUCGUCGCGUCCUUGA